CACCAGGUGCAAAGCAAACAUGAUGGUAAUGCUCAGCGUGCUCCUGUACUCCGUGCAUUACGGUAGUAGCCCAGCUCCUCUCUCCCUAUCUCCGGGCUACAUGUAAAGAUGAGUAAAGUUGCAUGAUGCACAGAAUGCGGGCGCUAAUGUGGAGGAUCAGGUAGUGUCCUGUGACAUGAGCAGCGUCUGCCAUGCACUCUGGACUGGGAGAUCCACAUGCUGUGUGAUAGACCAGCUCACAUCUGGGUAAUGGCACUAGGAUUGUGACAAGGUUGUGAUUUCGAUUAACAUGAGAAGAUCUCAUCGUCCUAGCCAGUUUACCAGUUUUCAUCCAUCAGCUUAGCGGACGUUGGCUGUUCUAGAUCAGUAUCCAGGGUGAUAAUUGGUAUGCAGUACAAGGUUCAUCUGAUCUCCGCUAUCCAGAAGAUGUUCUUCUAACUUUCCCCAGAUGCACACAGCGUGUCAAAGUUGAGUAGUAAACAAGAAUCAGCACCAUGCAGUACAAGCCAUAAACAAGCACAUGUUGCUGAUGGCGUCCUGUAUUUUUAUAGCCAAAAGACAAUUAAAAAAAAACUCAACCCAAGAAUAUAAUUGCAGGAGAAGAGCGCUGUUUGAGAGAUCAACAGGAAAUGCUAAAAUAUUUACUUCCAUAGAAGAUAGGAUGUGCAAUAAAAUAUCACAGCAUCUGUAAUCUGUCUAAUUGUCUGGGAGGAGUCCAACGAGAAAGAAAACAUUUUGGAAAGAAGUUACAGUUAUCAUCUUGCAAUCAAUUAUAAAUAAUUGGAAUGUAAACAUAGUUUUGGGUGCGUGCUAAGUUGUGCAUACUAAUCAGGGCACGAUUGUGUAUCUUGGCUAAAAGAAGAACAUUUCCAGUGCUUUUACAUAGAAACAAAUAUACAGGAUUUCUCAUGUGAGAACAUUGUUCUUUUAUUUGUAACAACAGACCUCAUUUCUCCUGAUCAUGGUCCUACUUAAUCAGAAUAACACAGUAGAAACCAUUCCUAUUUGCAUUAACUGCACUCACCAGACAUCAACGGUCAAUAUCUCCAAAUCCAUCAUCAUCGGAGUAAUCUUUGGAGUCUUCAUCACUUUUGGCGUUCUUGGAAACAUUUUAGUCAUCCUUUCUGUGGCCUGUCAUCGGCAUUUACAAACUGUGACCCACUACUUCAUUGUCAACCUUGCUGUGGCAGAUCUGCUUUUAAUGUCUAUGGUGCUUCCGUUCUCUGCUACUUUUGAAAUCCAAGGAUACUGGCUGUUUGGUCGCAUCUUCUGCAACAUAUGGGCAGCUGUAGAUGUCCUUUGCUGCACAGCUUCCAUAAUGAGCCUGUGUGUGAUAUCUAUAGACCGGUACAUAGGGGUGAGCUAUCCACUGAGAUACCCCAGCAUUAUGACUGAGAGGCGGGGUCUUCUUGCUCUACUUUGUAUAUGGGUUUUGUCACUUGUGAUCUCUAUUGGACCCUUGUUUGGCUGGAAGGAGCCAGCACCAGAAGAUGAAACGAUCUGUGAAAUCACGGAAGAGCCAGGAUAUGUCCUCUUUUCAGCUAUUGGAUCCUUCUACCUUCCCCUUACCAUCAUUCUCAUCAUGUACUUCAGGGUUUACAUUGUGGCCAAAAGGGAGGGCAAAGUUUUAAUGCGUGGGAUGAAAUGUGACAAAUCGGACUCUGAGGAGGUGACAUUGAGGAUUCACCGGAAGUGCACCCCAGAGAGUAUAACUUCCAGUUCUAGUGCAAAGCAAAAGACUCACUUCUCAGUGCGACUACUCAAGUUUUCCAGGGAAAAGAAAGCAGCAAAGACAUUGGGAAUAGUAGUAGGGUGCUUUGUAUUGUGUUGGCUCCCAUUUUUCCUUGCCAUGCCUUUAGGCUCCCUCUACCCUCCAGCCAAACCUUCAGUUACUAUUUUCAAAAUCACAUUCUGGCUGGGAUAUUUUAACAGCUGCAUCAACCCAGUUAUCUACCCGUGUUCCAGCCGUGAGUUCAGGAAGGCCUUCCAGAACAUUCUGCACGCUCGCUGCUCACAUCGGAGGCAGGCCUCAAGCAAGUACUUAUCUGGCUAUAUCCUGAGCAGCCCAGUGCACCGUAGUCCAGAGGAAAACAGAGAUGUUGUAAGAAUCCCAGUGGGAUCUGGGGAGACUUUCUACAAGAUCACAAAGUCCGAUGGAGUGUGUGAAUGGAAAUAUUUUUCUCCAGUACCUAGUCCAUCCUCGCCUUACGGGCCACCAAAGGACUUUUCAAACUGUUCUACUGCCAGGGUGAGCAGCAAGUCGAUUUUGCGGACCUGCUGUUGCAUCGGCGCAGAGCCAACACGCACGUGCCAUAAUGUUCCCACAAUUAAAAUACAUACUAUCUCCGUCAGUGAAAACGGGGAGCCCGUCUGAUUAUGGGAGGACAGGAUUCUCAGACACGUGGUGCAUGAGGAAGAGAAGUGACUGUACAUUUUUGUUAGUCCUGAAUGUGCAAGUUCACAGUUUCAAUUCCAGUCAGCACCAUUUACAUUCCACUGCGAUUUGAGCCUCAUUUUUACCCUUGUUGCCGCAAAUUAUCAGUUGUGAACUGAUACAUUUUUUUCUCACCAACAUUUUGAACCUCAUGACUAUGCUGCUAUAAUUGCACCUCAUAUGUGGAUGCAUAGAUUAAAAAACAUCCAUGGGUGCUAUGUAAAUGCAAAAUAAAGUGAUCAGGAAGUAUUGUAA